GACAGUCUGGUAUUUCAGUAAUUAUACAAGAAGCAGGAGCAAAUUGGCAGAAUCACUCUUUUUGAAAACACGGUCAAAGAUAUCUUAUUCAAGACAGAUGAAUAUAAUAGUGAAUCAGAGAGUGAUGAGAAGUGCAGGUGACAAAAGGAAGAGAUGCCAUUACUUGAUAAGUAACAGUGACAAAAUUUCCAGUGAUGGCGGUUAUGGCAGCUAUGACAGUGACAAUGAUAUAAAACGAGGAAGAGGAAGAGGAAGUAAAUCCAGAAAGCUCUCAGUUGAUGACGAAAACAAGACAGACGAUGGCUACCUUGAAUUCAUGGGUCCUUCCCUAAACCCUCUGGACUUGGUUGAACAACGUGUGGCAACACUCAAUCCAUUCAUGCCAGCUGUGUUUAACUUUCCCAAGGAUAAAGAUUCUGCUCAAGCCAAAAAGUUGAAACAUACUUCACAGAAUCUUGCUACAGAAUUUGGUCUCACGGAAGCAGAUCGUCAGCCUCCUGGCGUUCAGAACACAAAGAUCUUCCUCAGUGAAGAAACAGUUCCAUUGCUGUGUGUUGUAUAUUGUACUGACAAAUUACAAGCUGACAAGAAUCGUACUGCGGCUGAUGCCAAUGACUAUGCCAGGUCGCUGGCCCGGGAACUCACACACAAAAUGAGAGAUUUUACAGACGAAUCCUUCAACUUUCUCUGCACGGUGGUGGACGAGUCAACAAAGAUCAAACGGAAACAGCUGUCUGCCACGUUGCUUCAGGAGAAUCGACACCUCUACCCAUAUGAAAGAAUGACUAUGUACCAAAGAAAGUUCCAGAACCUCCAGAAAAGCCUACAUUUUGUGAGGUCGGCCACAAGCGUUCCCUUCUACACUCGGCCAAAACAAGACGAUAUUGACAACGUUCCAAUCUACCAACUGACACAGAAACAGCUGGGGUUCAUGCAAGACCUUCUGAACAAAGUCAAACCGUGUUUCAUAACCGGCAAGCCAGGAAGUGGGAAGACAGUCAUGGCAGUGGAAAUUGCAAGGCGUCUGAAUCAGGAUGGCGGCGCCCUGUUGAUCUGUCAUGAUCUCACUCUCAAAGACAAACUUGCGAACAUAUCAAAUUUUCCGGUUAUCAGAACAUGCCCUGGUGAGUUGUCACAAACAGGGUAUAAACACAUCGUAGCAGUGAAAGUUCAAGAGAAGGAUCUUCACAAGUACAAGGAUGUGGGUGCGUUGCCUGAAGGCAAGCUGUUUGUGUUCUACAGCUAAACAUUCACAAACCAGCAGCAUCAGAAUGACAUACUUUUUGAGCGUAUAAUGAUGGACCUAAGUCUCUUCAGUUAGAGUUUUCGUUUAUAGUAAGUACAGUUUUAGAUACGCCUAAUGUAUGUCAAAACAUCUAGUAUAUUUAGUUACUUGUUUAUCAGUUGCUUAUGUGCAUUAUAAUGUUGAUAAACGUGACAUAUUCAUAUAUUGUAGUUAAGCUGAGAAAUAUUGGCGCAACUUCUGGUGCUUCAAAUUAGGCCCCUUCCUAAACACGAGUUGCAAAAUCUGUGUAAUAUAAGUUUUAUAAAUAUAAUCUGAAUAUUGUGUGUAGGCCAAUACAUCUAAGUGUUGAUUGCAAAUGACCAAAAUUAAACAAAUAUCUGUAAUUUUCGGAUUAAACUGAAAUAAUAUUGUCGUCAAUUUCGUAUUUAUGUAUCGUUAAUGUUACAUUAACUGAAACUGUUGUUCUGCUGCUGUUCUGCCGUAAAAUAUACAACACAAUACACUUUGUUCACAAAUGCAUUGAAUGUGUCACAUGUACACUUGAUCAAUUUUUAUUGACUUAUAUCUCGAUAUGGAGCCAUUUGCGGUAUCCAGGGUUUGUCAUUCAAGUUGAUACGAAGUUUGACGGUCAAUGAUGAUCUUGUUUGCGUACGGUUUUCAAAAAACUUCUCCCGACACUCGGUUGUGUUUACAUUCUCAGUCACUGUUCGAAACGUUGCGGGCGAUUUAUAGUCAGGAUGCGGCUUUACAUAUUUGAACAUUUAUCGUGCUACAGUAAGAUGAAUCAAAUGAUUAAAAGAACUUUAAUUACAUUCAUGAAAACUCUAAAGUGUAUACAAUAACCACAAUAAUAUUAUAGUUUACCUCCAAGGCUGUGUCAGCGAUAUACACAAUUAAAAAGAAAAGAAACGCACAGGUAGUAUGUAGUUCAUUGAACCUGACUACACAAGAAAUCCUGUAUAUAAAUUGGAUAUAUGUUAUAGGAAAAUGUUGGUGGACUGAUAUUCGACAAAUCGUGCGUCAAAACUUAAACGGCAUUGUUUUCACACUUGUUAAAAAAUGUCAUGGAGGAAAACAGUAAAGCAAAAUG